UUUGUCUUAGAAAUUUUCCGUUUCUGCUUACAACAAAAACUUUGGCUUAAUUAGCGAAAACAGUCUAACUUGCGAUUGUAUUGAUUGAAUAAUCGAAGGUAGAAUAUUGAGUAGAAAUGUCCCGUACUUUUAAAAUUUGCUUCAACGAUGGAUCAGGCAAUAAGGAGGUGUUUGUUGUAAAGCCUAAUUCAGAGAACUUUGGAAGUCUGGUAGAAGAAAUAUACGCUCGUAAGCCGGAGUUAAGGAAUAAGCCGUUGAAGUGCCAUUACGAAGACUCCGAUGGAGACAAAAUCGUCAUCGCCAUGCCAUCGGAUUUUGAUCUGUUCUUAGAGCAAAAUAUCAAUAAAAUAUUUGCUGAGGAGAGUAGUGAGGAAACGGUAUGGAAGUCACUAAACCCGUCACUGUUAAAUACCAUCCCAGCUGCACAAACUGCUAAUCCAAUCGUUGCUAAUACCGAGCCGAAACCAUCGAUCUUUAUUGACGAAAUACGUAAAAUUCGUCACGAAAAUAUCCUUUGCGACGUUUGUGACAAAGAAGUGUAUGGCUUUCGGUACAAGUGUCUCGAUUGUGAGGAAUUCGAUAUGUGUAUGGAUUGUGCACCGAAGCAAAUUCAUAUGGAGCAUCUUGUGCUGCGCAUUACUAAUCCAAUUGAAGGAGAGAAACACUUCCACUUACACGUAACGGAUCCGGAGGAAAAUUAGAUAUUUCGGUGGAAAGAAAUUGCUUGAGGACUUGCUCGACCCUUAGUUUUAUAUAAAAAAUAGUAAUUUGCCUUCAGCCAACAACACAAGAUAAAACAAACAUGUCCAUGCAAACACUAAAUCUGAUAAAUUAAUAUUUUAACAUUUUCCAUGUCACAUUCCACUGUCAUCAACUUUGAAAAGGUGAUGAGAUACUUAGAUCAGUUUAAAUUCUCGCACAGUAAAAUUUGCCUAACAAACUCUUUGAGCUGGAGGACUUAAGUUUCCUUCUUUGAUUGUUAAGUGUUGCAGCUUUAAAAUAUAAAUU